GUAACGAUUUUAGCGUAGAAACAACUCGACGUAUCCGAUAAAAGAGCAUCAUCGUAACUAUCUUUUGUUCUUUUGCUAAUCGCUCCCGCCUAUAGCCUUCUCUCUUCGUCGAUUUCCUCGCUAUUGUUUUCCAGUAAACCCUAAUUUAAUUUUUCAUAUGCACUUCGGUCUCUUCGAUUAACUCCUCUUUCUUCGAUCUCCAUUUUGUCCGCUUCACGAGGCAGGUGUGCUGAAAUGGCAAAAGGUAGCAGAGUGAGGCGUAGGAUUUCUUCUCGACGAUUCAGGCCGACACCAUACUCAUUGCUAUCCUCUAAUCGUGGUAUUGCUGAGGAGAUGUGUCUGAAGAAGUGCUCCAAAGCCUUGGAUAAGAAAGACUGGGAAGAUGCAACAUGUUCUGUGUGCAUGGAGUACCCACACAAUGCUGUUCUUCUCCUCUGUUCGUCUCAUGACAAGGGCUGCAGGCCUUACAUGUGUGGAACAAGUUUCCGAUAUUCGAACUGCCUUCACCAGUACAAGAAAGCCUAUACCAAAGUAAUCCCAUCCAAUCAUGUUCAGUCCUUGCCUGGUUCAGCCGAUAAUCCAGUUGUUGUACCUGAUUCUAGCUUACCCUCUGAGAAGUGUGAAAUUAUGGAGCUUGCAUGCCCCCUUUGCAGAGGCCAGGUGAAAGGGUGGACAGUUGUGGAACCUGCUCGAGAAUAUUUAAAUGCAAAAAAGAGAAGCUGUAUGCAGGAUGAAUGUUCUUUUGUUGGAGCUUACAAAGAGCUAAGGAAACACAUGAAGGCUGAUCACCCUUCUGCAAGGCCACGUGAAGUGGAUCCCAAUCUUGAACAGAAAUGGAGAAGGCUUGAGCGAGAGCAUGAGCGCGAUGAUGUGAUCAGCACAAUAAGGUCAACAAUGCCAGGGGCAAUGGUUUUUGGGGACUACGUAAUAGAAGGAAAUCAUUAUGGUUUUGGCACAGAUGGAGAGGAUGGGAGAUUUGAUGCAGAUACUGCAGAUAGGGAUGGAGGUUUUGAGGUGGGCUUUGAUAGUAAUUUGGUGAAUGUUUUUCUGCUAUUGCAUGCAUUUGGUGCAUCAGGGAAUGACCUUGGUAGACGGUCAAGGCAGACAGAGAGGAAUUUCCACCACACAUCAGAUGAGGCUGAUGUUGGAAUCCGCCAUUCAACCUCCAUUGGUGGCUUAGAUUACUCUGAUCAAGAUGAAGACGAUGGUGACAAUAAUGACCAUGUUGGUCUUUCCCUAGUUAGCCGUCUCCGCCGACAUGGCAGAGUUUUGUUGAACCGUUCAGGUAGGAGAAGGAGACGUAGAGAAAUCAAUGAGGUUAGAAACAUAUAAAAAAAAGGAGGGGUAAACAGGAACAAGUUUAGUAGAUAUAAUAGUUUUAGGAGAAAGAAAAAUUAGAAAAAAAAAAAAAAUCAAGCAUAAAAGGAUUUGACUUCACAUUUCGAAGCAUUUUACUUCUCGUUUCAAUUGCACAAUCUGCAUGAUAGAUGGCUGGAGAAGAUGGGAGGUCAAAAGAUUUCUUGUUUUCCUUUGGCUGUUGUGUUAUUUUAGUUGUAAUUUUUCUUUCUACCUCCUGAAAGAUUAAAUAUGAAUAUUCUUCAUUGUGGAAAUUUACCUUUGUAAAACAAUGUAACUUCUUUAGUCAUUUCAUUUAUGAAAUUAUCAGGUUUAGUGUA